UAGACCUAAUUUUUAACAGGUAUUUUUAACUAAUUAGCCGGUAUAAUAUAUAUAAGUCUUCUUUCCUAUUCAAUAGCUAAAGAAUGGCGGAUAAGGAAGGAACAAGUGAUAAAACUAACAGUAAUGAACAAAGCAGUCAGAUUUCUGAACAAGAGAGAGAUUUGGCUCAGUUAGCUUUGACAGAAUUCAACAAAAUGAACUUUGCUGCAUGUCUUCAUCACUUGAGCAAGCUUGAAAGUGCUCGACCAAACGAUGUCAAAGUCAUUCAUAAUAGAGUUGUUGCUGAAUUUUACAAGAGUGAGCUGAAGAAAACUGACGUAUUCAGGAAAUCCUUGAAUCAAGUUUGUCAACAGGCACAUGUCAACGUAGAGGACUGUGAUGCACUCGAAGAUGUAGAACAUUGUGUGCUAUUCUACAACCAGUCCGUUGUCUUGUACCAUCUUCAGCAACAUCAAUCUGCCCUCAAACUUAUGAACAAAGUGUUUUCAUUUAUUGAACCAAUGGAGGAGGGACUGGCCCAUAGAGUUUGUCUGUUGCUGAUAGAGCUCCACCUCAGUACACAGCAGCCUGACCAGGCGCUCUCGCUGAUAGCUUACAUUGAGAACCAGUUUGUGUCCACGGAGAACGCCACCAAGAUGAUUGGCGACAAGGACCUCAAGACGCUGGAGAAAGAACAUCAAGAGAAGGCACCUGUGACUUUGGACGCAGCGACUGACGCUUUCAGACUGAAGCUAUUACAAUAUAAAACCAGAUGUUACCUUAGCACCUGUGCCAUCAAAGCUUGCAAGAGAGAGCUUAAAAGCAUCGUAACAGCGAACAACGCUGUGACCUCGAACCUGGCCCCAGUUUUCUUAAAAGGAAAUUUAGAAUAUAUAAGAGGAAAUUAUAAUAAAUCAAUUAAAGUUUUAUCAUCAAUACCAUUGACCAAUUCAGUAAAUAUUUUCAAAGAGUCAGGGGAGUCACCGUCUUUAUUAUUCUACAACAACAUGGGCUGUCUUCACCAUUACAUGGCAAAACCUAAUCUUUCUGCAUUCUAUCUGCAGAAGGCACUGCAGGAAAAUGAGGCUGCAAUGAAAGCGUAUCCCAAACCAGAUCAAGGCGAACCGCUAUCAGGACGACCUCUGUAUUGCGUCGGAUCCAACAAAUCCCCGAUCCUGAUGUACAACCUGGGCGUUGCACUGCUGCACGGCGGGAAACCUACGCAGGCUUUUGACUGUCUUAUAGAAGCUGUACAGGUGUAUCAUACAAAUCCGAGGUUAUGGUUGAGACUAGCAGAGUGCUGCAUUAUGGCUCAUAAAGAGAGCAAUGCUGGUGAUUUUGAUUUCAAAGCAAGAAGAAACGACCUUGUUCAAGGGGUGAUUGGUAGUGGCGUUCAUAGAAAAAUUAUUUUAAACCCAAAUAUUUGGAAAGACUCAAAAUAUAGUUGUGAGCCGAGGUGUGAGUCCUACGCCAUUCCUGUGGUCAGUCUAGAGUUCUCUUCACUGUGUCUACGCAAUGCACUACUACUGCUACCUUCCACUGGCGGAGAGGGGGGACCUCCGGUGCCAGCACCUCCAUCCCCACCGGUAGACCCCCGACAGGUGCCAGUACUGCGUGCCUGUGUGUUGGCUGCUAGCGCCUACGUAGCUCUGUGUCUAGGAGACCCUGUCAUCUGUCUGGAACACUCCAAAGCUCUACUGGCCCAACCCAACCUCUCAGGUGCACACAAGCUGCUAGCCAGGCUGUAUGCAGGUGAGGCAUACGUACUGCUAGACAAGAUACCAGCAGCUAUAGAGUUGUUGAACCCGGAGCAGAUGGCCGAACUGGUGGAUCCCAGAGUUCGGCCACUGAGGCCGUGGUUCCCAGCCACAACAGCUACUGGCCGAGCUGUCCUUCAGUACAACCUGGCUGUGGCCCUAGCACUGCGGGGAGAGCUGGAUAAGGCUGGCGACAUGCUCAAACAGGUUUGGAAGUCCAAAGGACCAAACUGUGAUGUCCCUAUUCAUGUUAUAGCACUGGCCCUGUACAUAGAGUUGCUGCUAGGUCAUACUGAUAUUGCAAGGAACAUCAUCAAGCAGAACUGUCCGCAGUUGCAAAGAUAAAGCAUAGACCUUCAAACCUCCAAAACUGCGCUGGAACUUGUAUCUGUGAUAUUCUAUUGUAAAUAGGCCUGUACAUGCUAAUAAUAAGGCUUAGUUUCAUAAUUUUUGUGUAACUUAAAAUGAGUUACAUGUUUUAACAUUUCUAAAAUGUAGUGGAAUGAUAAUAAAGAAAAUGAAAGGAAGAAUGGGCUGAAAGUAUUUAAGUGAGUUUGGUUUCUGCAUUUCUGCACAAUUAUAUAAGUAUUCAUUCUGAGUAAUGUCAGUAGGUUUUUGAUGGUUCGAAACUGGGCCUAGUUAUCCUUGAUUUCACCACGAAUAAAACAAAACAUACUACCAUACUAGAUUUCUCAUCCUUAUGGAACAGC